CUAAGCUAGCUGUUGCGCAGUUUUUUCUCGGGUGAUGGAGGGUCUCGUUUCGGGUUUAGAGGCGGAAAAUGCUCCGAAGAAGCGGUCUGUGGUGGUAAUUCGAGCGGGAACCGAUCCAACCAUCACCGGAGACAUCCGAGUCCUCAUGAACCUUCGAGCCCUGGAGGAGGAGGAGGCGAGCCUGGACCCCCGGUGCGCCACCGAGCAAACGGACAUCCAGCCCUUCAUGAGGAGGAUCCUCACCGUGUGGAUGUUUCAGGUGUGCGAGGAGCAGCUCUGCGAGCAGGAGGUGUUCCCCCUGGCGGUACAUUUUCUGGACUCCUACCUCAAACGGUUCUGGAUGGAGAAGUCUAGCCUGCAGCUCUUGGGAACAGUCUGCAUGUUUGUGGCCUCCAAGAUGAGAGAGACCGUCCCCCUCACAGCCAGCAAGCUCGCCAUCUACACGGAUAACUCCAUCUCCACUGCAGACAUUCUGCAGUGGGAGGUGACGGUAGUGUCCAGGUUAGGGUGGUGCCUGGCCUCCGUGGUUCCCUCUGACUUUUUGGAGCCCAUUGUCCAAGCUCUCCCCUUCGUUCACCCCUCCAACAUUCGAAACAUGCGCAGACAUGUUCACUCCUACAUUGCCCUGGCAGCUAUGGACUGCAGGUUUUCGGCCUUCUUGCCCUCCACUCUUGCGUGCGCCUGCGUGACCGCCGCUGUGCAAACAUUGGCAGCCGGCCACUCUCCAGAUUGUGUGAUGAAGUUUUUGUCCGACCUGUUGGCGGCGGAUUUGAGCUCGGUUAUGGGCUGCUAUAAACUGCUGGGCAGCGUGUUGGACGUCAGCCUGCCUCCGUGUUUCCAGGAUGGAGUUGGCAGGUCAAACACAAACAGUUCAGGGUUCAGGUGUAUCUCUGCAGAUGCCAAGGACACCAACUGGAAACCCAACCAAGAGAAUCGUAAAAAAUGAAAUGUUUGAAGGCGAGAAACCCAAUAAAUGAUCAUUAUUUAAAAUGAUGAUGAACCUUAGUUUAUAAAAAUCUGUAUUAUUACAGCUUAAUUUUUUUUCAUUGCAAGUUUGUCAUUAACUUAUGUAAACUAAACAGACUUUUCAGCACUUUAAGUGUUCAACUGUUUUUUCUAGUAUUUUAUCACAAAUACAACAGUACUAUUGGCAAAAAUGGAUGUUUCCAGUGGUACAGAUGACAAGUGUUUUUUGGACAAAUGCAUUAGCAAGCCAUUGGUUUUUCAUUUUUGUCUUUAUUGAUUUGCCCAUCCCAGUCACAGCUGUUAGACAAGCCAGUAACCAUGGCAACAGACAGGUCAUGACAUCCAGGCGCUGAAUGGACCCAACAUUAAAUUAUUUAAAUGAUAUGUUUGUCCACAGUUGUACAUGUUCCCUUCUUUGAUAAUAAAAAAAUGAAAGUAA